CAAUUUUUUUUAAAAAUUUCAGGAAAGUGCUACUGAAAAAAUAAGUAAUCUUAUCCAUAGUUGCACUUCUUAUCAAGGUAAAAUAUUAUUUUUGGAUGCAUUUUUUCUCACCAUCAAAGAUGAUUGGAUGUCAAUAAGUCAGCAUCGUAUUGAUAAAUUUAUGAUGUUGGUGAGGCGUUGUUUAAGACAAUUACUAUUUACCUUUGUCAAUUGUGAUUGGAACUUGGAGUAUAUGAAUAAAUUUGGUGAAGUUCUAUAUAGAGCCCUCAAAUCGUUCACUCUUAGUUUAAGAACUCAUUUACAAGAAAUUUUCUUGGAAGAACUUGCUAAAGUUAGUAGAGGAAAAGUGCCUUCUGAAGCUUUGGUCAUUAUUUUAGAUUCAUUCCUACAUUACAUUUCUGAACUCAAUGAUUUUGUGUUAAUUAAAGAAGUUACCCAAAAUGUAUUUAGAAAUCUUCUAUCUCAAUCACCUGAUUUAGAAAUGUUAGAAGCUAAGUUUGAAGCUUGGCGGAAAGUGAGUAACUUAACAACUAUUUUCUUUCUCAGUUUAUUUUAUUAUAUUUACUUAAGUGAUUGUUUGAACCAGGGCCUUGCACCCUAAUUAACCCGAACCCCUAACACCCCUAAACACCCUUAAAAAAUCAAACACCCGAAACCCAUAUAACCCGAAUGAUUCAAUUUUCAAAACACCUGUAUUAACCAAAACCUAUAUAAAUCAUUCGGGUUAACCCGAAACCCGAAUAAUUUUGAAUAUUACAAACUCUUCAUGUGAUAUAUCAUG